AUGACGAGUUUGCCACCACCUGAUUCUGCGAAAUCGGUUAGAAGCUUUCUGGGUCAUGCAGGGUUCUAUCGUCGCUUUAUCAAAGACUUUAGCAAGAUUGCACGUCCUCUUACUGCUCUGCUAUGCAAGGAUGCUAGGUUUGAGUUUACAGACGAAUGCCUUGCCGCGUUCGAAUAUAUCAAACAUAUUUUGAUAAGCGCCCCUAUCGUGCAGCCUCCUGACUGGAAUUUACCUUUUGAGGUGAUGUGUGAUGCCAGUGAUUUUGUUGUUGGUUCUGUUCUAGGACAGAAGAAGGACAAAAAGCUUCAUGCAGUCUACUAUGCCAGUCGAACUCUGGAUGAUGCUCAAAGGAACUAUGCUACUACUGAGAAGGAGCUGUUGGCUGUGGUCUUUGCUUUUGAGAAAUUUCGACCCUACCUUGUGGGAUCGAAGGUUAUUGUGCACACAGAUCAUUCUGCACUCAAAUACUUGAUGCAGAAGAAGGAUGCAAAGCCAAGAUUACUGCGAUGGGUGUUACUCCUUCAAGAGUUCGAUAUUGAGGUCAAGGACAAGAAGGGUGUUGAGAAUGGUGUUGCAGAUCAUCUCUCACGCAUCAGGGUUGAAGAUGGCGUACCCAUAGACGCUGCCAGAAGAGAAUUGUCGAGCGACACCACCACUAGUGUCGCGCGACACCUUGCUCAGCCGAACACAGAGACUUCUCAAGUUCGAAGAAGACUUCCUGAGAUCAGUUCAACUGGUGUAUCUGCCACCCAACGUCCUUGGUAUGCCGAUAUUGCCAAUUAUUUUGCUGCAGAGGCUGAGCCUGAGAACUUUAAAGGGUACGCGAAGAAGAAGUUCCUGAGAGAGCUAAGGAGGUAUCACUGGGAUGAGCCAUACUUGUACAAGCAUUGUUCUGAUGGAAUUUACAGAAGAUGCAUUGCAGAGUCAGAAGUUCCGGAGGUGCUGUUUCAUUGUCAUGGAACUGAAUAUGCUGGACACUUUACGACCUUCAAGACAGUGUCUAAGGUUCUUCAAGCAGGCUUUUGGUGGCUUACAAUGUUUCGCGACGCGCAUGCCUUCAUCUCGCAGUGUGAUGUUUGUCAGAGGAGAGGAAAGAUCAGCAAGCGACAUGAGAUGCCACAGAAUUUCAUCCUUGAGGUUGAGGUAUUCGAUUGCUGGGUGAUCCAUUUCAUGGGUCCUUUUCCAUCUUCUUAUGGGAAUAAGUACAUCCUGGUUGCUGUUGAUUAUGUUUCAAAGUGGGUCGAAGCCAUUGCAAGCCCCACCAACGAUUCUUCAGUGGUUCUUAAGAUGUUCAAGACCAUCAUCUUUCCUCGAUUUGGAGUGCCUCGAAUUGUUAUAAGUGAUGGUGGUUCUCACUUUAUUAACAAGAUUUUCGAAAAACUCUUAAGGAAGCAUGGAGUUCAUCACAGAGUUGCAACUCCUUAUCACCCUCAGACGAGUGGACAGGUCGAAGUGUCGAAUCGACAGAUCAAGGGAGAUCCUAGAGAAGACAGUGGGUAA